AUGGGGUCCAACGGCGUCCCAGACCUGCCAGAGGCCGUCAACAAACCGCCAGAGGGAAUAGUGCUUCCUCCAAAAGAUAUCAGGUCCAUCAUUGAAAGGACAGCGGGCUAUGUGGCACGGAAUGGUCCAGUAUUCGAGGAUCGCAUACGGGAUAAAGAGCAGGGCAAUGCAAAGUUCGCUUUCUUAGUUCCUUCCGAUGCAUAUGCACCAUUCUACCAGUGGCGACUCUCCGAGGUCAAGUCAGGUCGUGGCACGGCAGUGUCAGCAGGACGGACAGAUGAUGCACCUGUGCAGCAGAAGCCAAAGGGCCCCGAGCCUCCGCCCGAAUUUCAGUUCAGCGCCAGGGUACCAAACAUCAGCGCGCAGGAUUUGGAGGUAGUCAAGCUCACAGCGCUACAUGUGGCACGAAAAGGCAAAAGCUGGAUGACCGCGCUAUCUCAGCGAGAGGCAAGAAAUUACCAGUUCGACUUUCUACGACCACAGCAUUCGCUUUACACGUUCUUCCAGCGGCUAGUCGAUCAGUACACGAUCUUAUUACAGACCGGUCCGGAGGGUCAGAAAGCGGAGCAGGCUCGAAUCGCAUCGCUGCAGAGCAAUAUACAGGAUCGGUUCCGUGUACUCAACCUGGCAAGAAAGAGAGCCGAGUAUGUCAAGUUCCAAGAAUCGCAGAAACAGAAGAAGGAAGCAGCGGAGGAAGCAGAAAAGAUCUCAUACGCGCAGAUCGAUUGGCACGACUUUGUGGUCGUGGAAACAGUCGUCUUUACUGAGCAAGAUGACCACACUGAGCUACCACCACCAACUACGCUCAACGAUCUGCAAAGUGCCAGUCUCGAGCAGAAAGCAAUGAUGAGUCUGGCUCGGGCUGAUCGACGGAUCGAGGAAGCAAUGCCAACCGAUGAUAUGGCUGGACAUGCGUAUGAUACACAACCCCAGGCACAGCAGAACUUUGGAUACGCGCCACAGCCGUAUCCGCCGCAGAACGCAUAUGCGCCACAACCACCUCCACAGAUACCGCCACCUCAACCGAUGCCCGUAUACUCGCCAGCGCCGCCAAGUAUACCGACACCACCGCCGUCCACGUCAUCACCAGCCCUAGCUCCAGGCCAGCCCCCUAUGCGAAUUCGGGAGAAUUAUGUUCCUAGAGCGCAACAGCGGGCAGCGAGAGCCGCGACCGCCGUGUGUCCGAACUGUGGGCAACAGAUACCUCUGUCGGAAAUGGAGCAGCACAUGCGCAUUGAAUUGCUGGAUCCGGAAUGGAAGAAACAGCAGGCUAAAGCCACAGCAAGGUCAGCGACAACCAACCUGGGUGGGACCGAUGUUGCCGCAAAUCUGAAGCGGCUGAGGGAGAAGACGGGCGGAGGUGGAGCGGACGAUCAUAUGGCGGAAGCUGCAGGCAGAUUGCUGGCGGAGGAUGAGGAGCGGAGGAAAAGACAGAAACCUGACGGGUCUAAUGGGUACGCCGCACCUCCAGCCGGGAAAGACUUGAGCAUAGAAGAGCAGAUCGCGUUGAUUCGAUCCAAGCAGGGCAAGCCAUGA